AUAAAGUAUCGUUCCUGAUUUCAAUUCAAUAUUCAAUAUUCAAUUCACUUGUCAGUUACAGUGAUCUCGUGCAAGAGCCACUUCUCAUUAGUUCUACAGUAUGGGUUCGCCGAUAAUGAACACUUUGAUAGCCCUCCUAGCGACGAUCAUGUUUAUGAUAUCAACGGUGAUGGCGUGCUCUUCUUGCCCUCAUGAUUGCUUGAUUGCUUACUACCCGUUUGAGGGAGACGUUACUGACAGCUCCGGUAACAACCGCGACGGAACUACGACCGGCGAUGUUUCUUACGCGGCUGGCCAAUGCGGUCAGGCCGCGUCCUUUAACGGUGCCUCUAAAAUGAGCGUCCAGUCGUUUGCCAACUUCGCCUGGGGCACGGAGUUCAGUGUCAGUGUAUGGUUCAAGCGAACCGGUGAGUGGGGGAACUACCAGGGCAUCAUCAAUAAUGGGUAUUACACUACAGGGAGCUGGGAGAUCAGAAUGGGUAGGGAGAACAGCGGUCAAAUGUUAGGCGGUGGUGUCGUUACAACCGCUGCGUCUACUACCUGGGACUACAUACAUCUUGUCGCUUUGCGGAACACUUGGAACCACGUGACCAUGACCUAUGACGGGUCUACCUUGCUCUACUACCUCAAUGGUCAGCAGCAGACAGCGAACAACCAGAACUGUUGCACUGGCCCUAUUCUAACACGCAAUACACCGGUCACUAUUGGUCAAGCAGGUCCAGGGAAAAGUAACGAGUAUUUCUAUGGCUUGAUUGACGAGGUUAAGAUCUAUGGCCGAGUGCUCACCGCGGUCGAGGUUCAAAAUAUGGCCAACCAUCCAUGUCUUUAAAAAUCCGUAACUCGAUUCUUCUCAAGUAUAUUGGUCAAGGGAUUGUAGAAGAUAUUUUUUUUUUUUUUUAGAGAGCUUUGUACCAGGCCUUAAACCAUUGUGUCUUCUUUAUUAUUGGCAUUAAUCAUGUUAAUGAUAUGGUAUUUCAUGAAAUAUAUAAUUUAAGUAUGACAAAUGUUAUGCCUUCAUUGUUAAUUUUUCAUAACCUAAUGCUUUUGAUUUGGUUUAAGACUGUUUAAUUAAUACGAUUUUACUGCCUUAUAAUCUCGAUAAUUCAAAAUACUGUAUUAAAAUGAGAUGUUAUUAUUUUCGACUUAACGAUUUUAAGGCGUUGGUUCUAAAGAAAUGAUACAUGUUAGUAUUAAUUUGUCCAUUUAUAAAACUCAGAUUAGGCCCAGAUAUGAUUAUAGGUUUAUCGGGACGCUUUAUCAUCAAUGAUUAUUCCGUAAGUUUAUGGACCUAUCGGUGGAAGUCGUGUUUAUAUAGACCCAAAAUAAAUAUCACUUCGAUAAGCCAUGCUCAUACUCUUUUAUGUUUGGAUUGUUUGUGGAAAAAAAACUUCUACAGGAUAAUUAUAGUAUCACUUUGGACCUCUUAAUUGUUCUUAUCUUGGAAAGUUCAUGGUGUGAUGUUAUCCCUGAAUAAACAGUACUUUGAACGAG